GCGGCCGGCUACGCCCCAGGCUGGAGUGGCAGGACGGGCCAGUGCGGCACCGACCGUGGGCCAGGAAGUUUUCCACGCACGAGGGGAGGCCCGGGACGCUUUGGCCACCUCGGAAGCUGGAACUUGCUAAGAGCGAGGAGCUGCCUGAGCCGUCAGCGGGAGAAGGAAGUUCAAGGCAGCAGCCGCCUGGGGGAGGCAGGGAACCAAUCAGCGGCCCUGGGCCAGGCUGAACAAGGCCCCCACCCUCCAGCUCACCCCAUAUAUCGGAUGCCACCUGCUUUUGCUUUUGCUUUUGCUUUUGCUUUUCACUCAAGCCCAGGGAGAGGCAGGAAGCCACAGUGCAGAGCGGCAACGCGUGGGACGGGUCCCUACAGCCGAGAGAAACACCGGGCAGCUAAUGAACCCCGUGGCCAUGGAGGGGCCCGUGUGCCUGGUGGGGAACGGCGCCGACGGGCAGCUGGAGGUGAAUCCCGCGGCACUGGAGAUCCUGCGCGGCGUGGCCCAGCCCGUGGUGGUGGUGGCCAUCGUGGGGCUGUACCGCACCGGCAAGUCUUAUCUCAUGAACUCCUUGGCCGGGAAGCAGAGAGGGUUCUCGCUGGGCUCCACGGUGCAGUCGCACACCAAGGGCAUCUGGAUGUGGUGCCUGCCCCACCCGCGCCGGGCCGGCCACACCCUGGUGCUGCUGGACACCGAGGGGCUGGGCGACGUGGAGAAGGGUGACACCAAGAACGACGUGUGGAUCUUCGCGCUGGCCGUGCUGCUCAGCAGCACCCUGGUCUACAACAGCAAAGGGACCAUCGACCAGUUCGCCAUGGAGCAGCUGCACUUCGUGGCGGAGCUGACGGAGCACAUCAAGGUGAAGGCGCAGGGCGGGGACGACGCGGAGGAGGACACCGAGUUCGUCCGCUUCUUCCCCAGCUUCGUCUGGGCCGUGCGGGAUUUCACGCUGGAGCUGAGGAUCGAGGGGCAGCUGGUGACGGAGGAUCAGUACCUGGAGCACGCGCUGGCCCUGAGGAAAGGCAACAGCAAGAAGGUGAUGGACUACAACCUGCCGCGGCAGUGCAUCCGCAAUUUCUUCCCCACCCGCAAGUGCUUCGUGUUUGUCCAGCCGGCGUCGCGGCAGGAGAUGGGCCAGCUGGAUUCGCUGCCCACCAGCGCCCUGGACCCGCAGUUCCUGGAGCAGACCCGCCGGUUCUGUGACUACGUCUUCCAGUGCUCCAACGUCAAGACGGUCAAAGGAGGGAUUCCGGUCAACGGGCGAAGGUUCGGCGCCUUAGUGCAGAGCUACGUGAGCACCAUCCGCAGCGGGCAGGUGCCCUGCCUGGACAACGCGGUGACCGCCAUGGCCGCCAUCGAGAACGAGGCGGCCCUCAGGGAGGCGCUGGCUCACUACGCGGCCGGGAUGGGGGGGCUGCGGCUGCCGGCGGAGCUGGGCGAGCUCUCGGCGGCGCACGGGACGUGCGAGGGGGACGCCCUGCGGCUCUUCAUGCAGCGCUCCUUCAAGGACGAGGAGCAGGGCUUCCAGAAGCAGCUGGUGGCCGGGAUCACGGAGCGAUACGCAAACGUCCUAGCAGAAAACGAGGCCGUUUCGGAGCAGACCUGCCGCGUCCUGCUGGAGGAGCUCUCGGCCGCCAUGCAGCAGAAACUCAGCGCCGGGAUUUACUCCCAGCCCGGCGGGUACCAGGCCUACGACAGGGACCAGAACCAGGUGGUGGAGAAUUACCGGGCCAGGCCCAACAAAGGGGUCAAGGCGGAGGAGGCUCUGCAGCAGUUCCUGGCCAGUAAGAAGGCCGAGGCGGAGGCCGUGCUGAAGGCCGACAACCUGCUGACUGAGGCGGAGAAGCACGUGGCCGAGGAGAAGCAGAAGGCUGAGAUGCUGGAGCAGCAGUGGAAGACAGCGGAGGAGAAGCAGCUGCAGACGGAGCAGCUGCUGAAGGACCAGGAGCGCAGCCACCAGGAGAACGUGAAGCAGCUGGAGGCCAAGGUGGCGGAGGAGCUGGCCAGUGCCCGGCAGGAGGCGGAGCGGGCGCUGCAGAGCAAGCUGAAGGAGCAGGAGGCCAUGAUGCAGAAGGGCUUUGCGGAGAAAGCCAGGCUGAUGGAGGACGAGAUCUCGGGCCUCCGGCGGGAGAUCAGCUCCGCCAGCAGGACUGAAUCUCAGUCAGGCCUUUUGGGCACCAUUAGGGAGGGGCUGAGAGCUGUCGCCAACGUGUCAAGUUAUCUGACAUCCAGGCACCAGCGGAGGAAGGGGACGAGUAACCCAAGUAAAACCCCGACACCAAAGUAGCCGGGCCCCUGUGGGGUCCCCCCCCCGGCGGCAAGUCCCACAAACGCUGCUUCUCUGCACAAUCGAAAGCUUCUGCUGACUAAUUCCUGUGACCUGCCACAUCCCACAGCGACUAACACAGGGCCCGGAGCUGUCUGCAAAAAGUAAAUCACAGGGCGCCUGGGUUCUGUCCCCAGCUCUGGGAGGGGAGCAGGGUCUAGUGGUCAGAGCGGGUGGGCUGGGAGCCAGGACGCCUGGGUUCUGUCCCCAUCUCCUGGAGUGUAAUUCUGUGAACCUUUGUGCCAAUCACAUCACUGUUCUGUGCCUCAGUUUCCCCUCUGUGAAAUGGGACCUUCCCUCUGGGUGCGGAGGACGAAGGGUUGUUUGUCUGUUAGGUGCUGAGUGGCUGGUGCUCUCUAAACGCACAGUGUUAACACGGGAUCUCCAGUGACCAGCUCCGAUUUCCCUGCAUGCCCCUACGGCCGUGUAAAUGCAGCCCCACUCCCAGGGCUCCCCCCACCGAUGCUGUAACGGGGCUGCCAGGUGUCUAGGGCGAGGCAGCUGUGGGGAUGUCUCCUUUCCCCGGCUCAGCAUGCUGAGAGCUGGGUCAUUAUCCCCCCGUCUGUAACGGGCGGGGCCGGCAGGUGGCUACAAGCUCCGGCACCUGUAUCUCCCUGCGCCGGGAGACUCUGCGCCCUGCAGCCCAGGUAGGAAUUAAAGAGGUUUGCAUGAGCUGGA